AGCACCGUUCUGAAGAAGUGUGAGAAAAACCAAAAUGUGAUUAAAACCUGUUCUUAUACCAAUUCAAGUAACAGUUUCUUCAAACGCGUUUAACAUUGAAUCAUUGUCCUCCUGAAACCUAACCAUGGAAGAUACUGAUUUCUGCGUCCAGCAGCUGCAGCCCAAUGUCAUUUCAGUGAGGCUUUUCAAGAAGAAGGUUGGUGGCCUCGGGUUUCUGGUGAAGCAACGUGUCUGCAAGCCUCCCGUCAUUGUAUCCGAUCUGAUCAGGGGAGGGGCUGCAGAAGAAAGUGGUCUUGUUCAAGUAGGAGAUAUUGUCCUAGCGGUUAAUAACAAGCCUUUGGUGGAAAUGAGCUAUGAGAGGGCUUUGGAAAUGCUGAAGAACAUCUCUCCAGAGACUUACGUGGUUCUGAUUCUGAGAGGCCCAGAGGGAUUUAGCACUCAUCUAGAGACUACCUUCACUGGAGAUGGAAGAUCAAAGACUAGCAGAGUCACCAGACCUCUGUUUCUGGUGCCCAAGCUUAUCGAUUGUUCUACAACGGCAGGCAUGCAAAGUAACAAAGAACCAUUAAGAGAGCUAGACCAGAAACCAAACCCCCUCAUUCAGAUCAAUGGCAUUGAGUCCUCCUUGAUCAGCCAAGAUAUUCUGAAAGAGGCUGAUGGCUCAACAGAUCACAGUCUCAACUCCCGUACCAAUGGUGGGGCUGAAAAUAAUGACCUUCUCAAAGAAAUCGAGCCAGUAUUGAAUUUGUUGAAGAACAGUAAAAGGGAGAUCAAUGGGGAAGGCUUACAUAAGACUGAGAAACGAGAUGUGGAGGUCCAAGUGGGCAGGGAGCUGGCUCAAGUGACUCAGGAAUCACUACAGCUGGCCGUGGACAAUGACAGAGUGUUUGAUGACCUGUGGGGAAAGGACAACAUGCCAGUGGUCCUCAACAACCCUUAUUCUGAGAGCGUGCAGACCUUGCCCCCAGGAAGAGUAUCCCCUACCAAGAAUUUGACAAAUGGCAGUCCGUCUAAGUGUCCUCGAUUCAUGAAGAUAAAGAACUGGGAAACUGCCUGCGUGUUUAAUGAUACUUUGCAUUUAAAAUCAAGUAAGUUGCCAAUCUGCACAGAACAGGUUUGCAUAGGCUCUGUGAUGACCCCAAACCAGCAUGUGAGAACAAAUGAAGAAUUACUCCCACUUGCAACUGAUUUCAUUGACCAAUACUACACUUCCAUAAAAAGAUUUGGCUCCAAGGCUCACGCUGACAGACUGGAAGAGGUGACUAAAGAAAUUGAAGUUUCCGGGAGCUAUCAGUUAAGAGACACUGAGCUCAUUUAUGGGGCUAAGCACGCCUGGAGGAACGCAGCCCGUUGUAUUGGAAGGAUUCAGUGGUCCAAACUGCAGGUGUUUGAUGCCCGGGAUUGUACUACAGCUCAUGGGAUGUUCAAUUACAUCUGCAAUCACAUUAAGUACGCUACCAACAAAGGAAACCUCAGAUCUGCUAUCACUAUAUUCCCCCAGAGGACAGAUGGCAAGCAUGACUUCCGCGUUUGGAACAGUCAGCUGAUCCGCUAUGCUGGCUACAAGCAGCCGGAUGGCUCUAUUCUGGGAGAUCCUGCCUCUGUGGAACUAACUGAGAUCUGCAUUCAGCAAGGAUGGAAGCCGCCUAAAGGACGAUUUGAUAUCCUCCCUCUCUUGCUUCAAGCCAAUGGCAAUGAUCCAGAGCUCUUUGAGCUGCCUGCAGAUCUGAUCUUGGAAGUGCAUAUGAAACACCCCAAGUACGACUGGUUCAAAGAUCUCAGCCUGAAAUGGUACGGGCUCCCGGCAGUGUCCAGUAUGCUCCUGGAGGUCGGAGGUCUGGAGUUCACAGCCUGCCCCUUCAGUGGCUGGUACAUGGGAACAGAGAUUGGGGUCCGGGACUAUUGUGACAGCUCUCGCUAUAACAUUCUGGAGGACGUAGCUAAAAGAAUGGGGUUGGAUACCAGAAAGACAUCGUCUCUGUGGAAAGACCAGGCAUUAGUGGAGGUUAACAUUGCUGUUCUGUACAGUUUCCAGAGCUCGAAGGUCACCAUAGUGGACCAUCACUCUGCCACGGAGUCCUUCAUGAAGCACAUGGAGAAUGAGUUUCGGGUUCGAGGAGGCUGCCCUGGGGACUGGGUGUGGAUCGUGCCUCCCAUGUCAGGGAGCAUCACGCCCGUCUUUCACCAGGAGAUGCUAAACUAUCGCCUGACUCCCUCCUUUGAGUAUCAGCCUGACCCUUGGAAUACUCAUGUCUGGAAAGGGAUUAAUGGGACACCAACCAAAAAGAGGACUAUUGGAUUCAAGAAGCUGGCAAAGGCUGUCAAGUUUUCUACAAAGCUAAUGGGUCAGGCUCUGGCUAAGAGAGUCAAAGCGACCAUACUGUAUGCCUCUGAAACUGGGAAGUCUCAAGUCUGUGCAAAAACCCUGUGUGAAAUUUUCAAGCACGCUUUUGACGCAAAGGUAAUGUCUAUGGACGAGUAUGACGUCGUGCACCUGGAGCAUGAAACCUUGGUGUUGGUGGUGAGCAGCACAUUUGGAAAUGGGGACCCACCUGAAAAUGGGGAGAAAUUUGCCAGUGCUUUAAUGGAAAUGAGGCAUCCACACUCCAGCUCUGAGGAGAGAAAGAGUUACAAAGUGCGCUUCAACAGCGUCUCGUCUUACUCGGAUGCUCGGAAAUCUUCCAGCGAUGAACCCGAGAUACGAGACAACUUCGAAAGCACUGGGCCUCUAGCAAACGUCAGGUUUUCUGCGUUUGGCCUGGGAUCCAGGGCCUACCCUCAUUUCUGUGCCUUUGCCCGGGCAGUGGACACUCUGCUGGAGGAGCUGGGCGGGGAGCGCAUCCUCAAGAUGGGGGAAGGGGAUGAGCUCUGCGGACAGGAGGAGUCUUUCCGAAUCUGGGCCAAGAAGGUGUUCAAGGCGGCCUGUGACGUGUUCUGCGUGGGGGACGAUGUGAACAUCGAAAAGGCAAACAACUCCCUAAUCAGCAACGACCGCAGCUGGAAGAGAAGCAAAUACCGCCUGACCUACACAGCCGAGGCGCCUGAGCUCACACAAGCACUCUUCAGCAUCCACAAAAAGAAGGUUUCUGGAGCAAAACUCCUGUCUCGGCAAAAUCUGCAAAACCCCAAAUCCAGCCGCGCCACAAUAUUCCUGCGUCUCCACACAAACAACAGCGAGGACCUCCGGUACGAGCCUGGAGACCACCUGGGGGUCUUCUCAGGGAACCACGAGGACCUGGUCACGUCCCUCCUGGACAAGCUGGAGGACGCCCCUCCGGUCAACCAGAUUGUGAGGGUGGAGUUCUUAGAGGAGAGGAACACAGCUUUGGGUGUUAUUAGUAACUGGACAGACGAGAAUCACAUACCGCCUUGCACCAUAUUCCAAGCCUUCAAAUAUUUCCUGGACAUCACAACCCCGCCCAGCCCUCUCCUGCUCCAGCAGUUUGCUUCUCUGGCGACAAGCGACAAGCAGAGGAAGAAGCUAGAGGUUCUGAGUAAGGGGCUGCAGGAGUACGAGCAGUGGAAGUGGUGUAACAACCCCACCAUCGUGGAGGUGCUGGAGGAGUUCCCCUCUCUUCAGAUCCCCUCCACCCUGCUUCUCACACAGCUGCCUCUGCUGCAGCCCCGCUACUACUCCAUCAGCUCCUCCCCUGACAUGUACCCAGGAGAGAUUCAUCUCACUGUGGCUGUAGUCUCGUAUCGCACAAGAGAUGGUGCAGGACCUAUUCACCAUGGGGUCUGCUCCUCUUGGCUCAACAGGAUAGAGGCAGAUGAGACUGUGCCAUGCUUCGUAAGAGGAGCUCCAUCAUUCCGGAUGCCCAAAGAUCCGAAGGUGCCGUGCAUUCUGGUGGGGCCGGGGACUGGAAUUGCUCCUUUCAGAAGCUUUUGGCAGCAGCGCCUCUACGAUAUUGAACACAAGGGCAUAAAACCAAGUCCUAUGAUUCUUGUGUUUGGCUGCCGGGAAUCCAAAAUCGACCACAUCUAUAAAGAGGAGACCAUUCAAGCCAAAAAUAAAGGUGUUUUCAAAGAACUUUACACGGCAUACUCCCGGGAGCCUGGGAAACCAAAGAAAUACGUUCAGGAUGUUCUGCGGGAGCAGCUGGCCGAGCUGCUUUACAGCACCUUCAAGGAGCAGGGUGGCCACGUGUACGUGUGUGGGGACGUGACCAUGGCUGGAGAUGUACUGAAGACCAUCCAGAACAUCGUGAAGCUGCAGGGGAACGUGCCCCUGGAAGAUGCCGGCAUUUACAUCAGUAAACUGAGGGAUGAAAACCGAUAUCACGAAGAUAUCUUUGGUGUCACACUGCGCACCUACGAGGUUACAAACAGACUCAGAUCAGAAUCUAUUGCGUUUAUUGAAGAAAGCAAAAAGGACUCUGAUGAGGUUUUCUGUUCCUAGUACCACGCAGAGUCUUUACCUUAUACAGCCACCAGGGGGAGCUCCUGAUGCCCAAGCUUCGCACUGCAGCUCAUCAAGUAUACUGUGCCAAGUUUUAUACUGAAAACGUGCCAUCACUAUUUUCUACAGGAAAUGCUUUGUAUCUGUCCGGCUGUGUAGUCGUCCUGUGUCUUUUUUGCUAAAGUGUACCGUUUCUUUUGACUGUUGCUGAGACAACGGAUUUGCGUGUGCCCGAAUUCAAGCACCGAUUUAUUGCAUGAGAAGAAAUAUGUUCUAUAUUUACUAUUUUAAUGUUACAAUGUAUGCCUUUACCUAAAAAAAAAAAAAAAAAAAAGAAAUUAAAAAAAGAAGAUUAUUGGCCCUAUUUACAAAGCUAACUUACCUGUACUUAAAGUUUUGUAAGCGUGAAACUUCUCUAGGCAAUGGUUUAAGCUUUGUGAACAGGGCCUAUAUAUAUAUAUAUAUAUAUAUAUAUAUAUAUAUAUAUAUAUAUAUAUAUAUAUAUUAUAUAUAUAUAUAUAUAUAUAUGGAUCCUGUGGUUAUAAUAAUUGGAAGGGCUGUUAUGAAGGGGUUAAAUCAUGCUGUUCCAUUGCUUAUAUAGUAAUAUGUUUUCUUUUGCAUGAAUCUAUUUAUUUGGGGGUGAAGUUACUGCUAAAACACUUUGGUGGCUGAGGCUUUUAUACUUAAUACCCACACGGUAUAAUUGUGCAUUCUCUGAAGCAAUGGUCUUGAUUAAAUCACCAUGCAGUGUUGCUACACUGCUUCCUACAGAGAUGUUAUUUAAUAGCACUGAAGUGCUUCUCUGGCUAUAGAAUCCGCUCUCUAAUUCCGAGUCAAUUUGAGUAUUUAAAAUGUAAUGUAUUUAUUUUAUUGUAUAAUGUCAUUCUUCAAAUGUAUGUCUGUAAGGUGAAAUAAACACAAUGAUUAUUAUUUAUUGAAUUGUUAAUACAAUUUAUGAAAAGCAUGAACAAAGACAACAGAUAUCAGUCCAAACUCAUGUAUAUUAUUUAAUGUCAGCUAAAAUAAAAUCUUCAGAAUAUUUUCUUUGUCAAGAUUAAAAUGAAUCUCUUCAUGAAUAGUGUUUACUGCAAUGUAUUCAAAUAAUUUAAUUUUACAAAAGUACAGAAAGCACGCUGCCUUUCUCACGACAGUUGCAAUGAUGCGCUUUUAUGUACAAAGCAGAGUUUCUGUAUUUUAACCUGGGCGCAUGUGUUAUGCUGAGGCUAUUCAAAACCCUUUCAGUAAUGAUCAGUCCCCUGGAUUCAGUAAUAAUCACAAGGUCUGACAGCAAGUUUAGUAGCCCCUGAAACUGUAAACUGAAACCAAAACGUACCCUAAACUAGUGUACCGGUAAUGGGAACUAAACCUGCUACCGCUAAACUAAACACUGUAAAACAAGAACCAUCUGCAGCAACACUGACGUACAGAACUGCACGAGUAUUUCUGGUCUAUGACUACAAUAAUAACAGCAAAGUAUUGGGCAUGAUUUGAUCAGUUGUUUUUACAACAGAAAAAUAAACAGUAGAACUACCUUAUCAGGCUUGGGCUGAUUCCAUUUAUCUACAAAAAAAAAAAAAAAAAAACAGCAAAGAUUUCUAGCCCACAAUCAUUUCUUGUUUUACAAUACCAGUUGUCUGCAGCUUAUGGAUAAACAUUACUCUUGCACGUCACUGGCGGGGUCAGUCGAGUCCUGUACAGAAGUGUGGCUUAUGUUAUCGACUUGCAUGCCUGUAAAGUUAAACUGUUGUUUAUGCAUGAAAAAAAUGGUGACGAAUUACUGUCCAGCUUCUAACAAUUGUAACAAUUGCUUGGAGUUCAACAGUAGUCAUUGAUAAGAAUGUAGUGCGGACUAAAGCUGGUCUUACAGUGCAGAAGUCAGUGCUUGGUCCUCACCUUUACUCUUGCCUGCGCUUGAUAACUCUCCUCAAUAAGUGAGCUGGUCUGACCACAUGCAUGCAGCUGCAGCCAGCUCAUCCAGUAUUAGUCAAACUGCAUGCUGCUUGAUCACCCUGCUAGCAGGCUAUAAACGUGACAGAACCUGCCUUGGGAGAUCUUUGAUCUUUUCUACAGGGACUGGGGGUGGGGCCAUGCUAUCCGUUUCCUAUGAAAACCUCCAGUGAACUGAACUGUCUUUCACAUUUUCAUGUGUCCCUUCCAUUGGGUUCCUACUCUUGCUUCGAGUGUACAUACGCCCUGCAUUUAUUUAGUUUGGGUUUAUGAGGUGGUAUAGCACGGCUACCAUAUGACUCCAUGUACACUAGAACAGUUUGG